AUGGCUACCAAGCUCGAUAUACCCGGUCCUACCACCGAAAAGGCCCCAGCAACGGACAUCACAUUCCUCCGCGAUGCCGAACCACCCCCCCAACCCGAUGACAAGCUGUACGACGUCCACGAGACCUACAACGGCCUGAUCCUGCCGACCGAAGAAGAAAAGCUCACCUACCGUCGCGUAGCCGGACGGAUGCCCGCAACAUGCUACUACCUGUGUGCAGUCGAGUUCGCCGAACGGGCCUCGUACUACGGAUGCAACCAGGUGUACAAGAACUUCAUCCGCGCGCCGCUUCCCCCGGACGGCAACGGCGCCGGCGCGUCGGCUCCGGCAUAUGCGUUGCCGGUCUUUUUCGGGUGGCUCGCGGAUGUGAAGUAUGGACGGUUUAGAAUGAUCUGCUGGGGGGUUGCGAUUUGUGGCGUGGCCCAUGUUAUUAUGAUCAUCUCGGCCUUGCCGCCGGUUCUGCAGUCGGGGAAUGCCAUGGCGCCGUUUGCGAUUUCGUUGUAUAUGCUGGGUAUUGGGGCGUCCCAGUUCAAGCCCAACAUCUCCCCCACCGUGAUGGACCGAAGCCCUCACAAGGUGGCGCACGUCAUCGAGCUGAACGGGGAGCGGGUCAUUGUCGACCCGGAAGAGUCCCUCAACGGUGUCAUGCUGUGGUUCUACCUUCUGGUCAACGUCGGCGCGUGCUUCGGCAUCCCCAUCACGUACCUGGCCAAGAUGGUCGGCUACUGGGCGGCGUACUUGGUGUCCACCAUCCUGUAUCCGAUGCUGCCCCCGCUGCUGUGGUACCUUGACCCGCGGCUCGUCAAACAGAAGCCCGGGCGCUCCGAUCUUGGAAAUGUGUUUAAGGCGCUUGGGGACUGUUUCCGGCACGGCAACCCUCGGAGCAUCGGCCGCAAGGGGUUCUGGGAGGAGGGCAAGCCCAGCGUGCGCGCGGCGGCUGUUGUGGAUGAUGUUCGUCGGACAUUCCAGGCCUGCGCCAUCUUCCUUUUCCAGCCUAUCUUCUCCAUCCUCGACGGCGGGCUCGGCGCCGCGGCGAAUGCGCUUACAGCGGGCAUGCGCACGAAUGGCCUGCCAAACGACCUCCUUGACAACCUCAACUCGGUCAGCAUCGUCAUCAUGGUCCCCGUCAUGAACCACAUCAUCUACCCCUUCCUCCUCCGGCGGGGCAUCCGCUGGGGCGCCAUCUCGCGCAUGACCUUCGGUUUCGCGCUGUGCACCGUCGGAUCAGUCGGCUUCAUCGUCCUGCAAUACUACGUCUACCAGACCUCGCCCUGCGGCUACAACUCAACGACAUGUGCAGAACUCCUCCCCGAGGGCGCCGACGCGCUUUCAGCCGUGUCAUACGCGUACUACUCGAUCCCCAUCAUCCUGACAGCCAUCUCCGAGAUCUUCAUCAACGUCACCUCGUACGGUAUCGCCUACACCCGCUCGCCCAAGAACAUGAAGGGUCUGGUGUCGUCGCUGAAUUUGUUUACCACGGCUAUUGCCGCGGCGAUUGGGCUGGCUACGGCGCCGGCGAUCCGGGAUCCGUUGCUGAUUUGGGCUUUUGCGGGGCCCACGCUGGUCGGGGCGGUGUUGACGGUGGUGUUUUGGUUUACGUUUAGGCAUCUUGAUGACGAGGAGUUUGUUAUUAAUACCGGCGGGGAGGAUUUUAAGCCGCCGGUGAUUGUUGAGGGUGAUGAGGAGGGGGGAAAGGGGAGGGAGAUGGCGGUGUUAGAGAAGCGGGUUACGGUUCAAUGA